GAAACACAACUUGUUUAAUUCCUGAGGUUAGUUGUUAAUUUGUCCGAUUUUUUAUCGUUAAACCUAUUUAAAAGACCAAACAUACAAAACAAACGAGGAAAAAAAGCUAUUUACGUAUAUGAGAGAGUCUGUUUAUAAUUAUCUCCGUGUCACGAGGGGACGGCUCAUAAAUGAAAGUGAAACUAACUUGGGGGAGGAAGUAUAAAAAGCAGUGCCAUGUUUAUAAAAGGUUUUUCGGUAGAUCUGACUUUAGGGCCGAUUAACAAAACCAGAGCAGCCAUUGUUCCGUCGAAAGAAGAGGAUGUGCAGCAGAUAGCUGAGUACAGGCCGAAGAAGAACUCCACCUGGUGAGUUCUAAUCUAAUCAUGUAACAAGCAGCUCUGUACCCAGUCACACUUUCAGCCUAACGCAGAUGUUGUCUCCUCUAAAUGACAUUUAUUUGGUGAGGCUGCAUAGUUGCUGUCUUUUAGCCCCAGCAACCAGCUAAAAAUAAACUUUCAUCUGACACUAAUGGUCCCUUGAUUGCUAGGGUAUAAAUGAAAACUGCACCUGGAGUCAGGGUCUUACACUGAUCUGUUAGUUCUUUGAAGAGAGCAGAAAGAUGGGAGGAAGUGUCAAGUUCUUGAUCUGACUAGGAAACAACAGAUGGAAUUCCAUCAAUUGGAUGAGCAGUUCAAACUUGUGAAGAAUGAUUUUACCCGAGUGGGUGGUGCUUUUAGCGCCAGAGGAAAUACAGACACAGUCAUACUGACAGGCCCUUCCAGGUUCAGAGGUGCUAAACCUGUUGGACUCCACACAAAUGUUUUAAGAAAGAGAGUUCAUCUGCCUCAGGAUUUAUUAACUUUCAUUAAAUCCAAAAAUGCCAUCCUGAAGUAUGAGACACUCUUCCAACAGCGUUUCAGCCAUCCCAUUUUCAUAGAAGUUGGGUCAGAGCUGAUGCUGUCAAGUUUGUGCCCUCGUGACCUGGACGAGGCUCUGGAGGUGGUGGUAGGGGAUCUGUGUGUGCGGGUUGAGAAACUCCACGGCGCUGCAGCUCUACCUCCAGAUGUGGACAAAAUAAAAGAGCUCCUGAUCAAAGCGAAGACGGAUGCAAACCGCGAUGAAGUCAGAGUGGACGUCAUCUUCAUCCCUGGGCAAAACACAGCCACGGUGACCAAAGUACGGCUGGUGGGCUACACCGAACACGUCAACAAGCUCACAGCGGUUCUCCUCGACUACCAACUGAAUCAAGUUUUAACUGAACAAGUGGUGAAUCUGCCACAUCCUGAACUGGUUACUUAUUUUGACAAGAUCUUGGAUAUGAUCGGCAUGAAGCAGACAAAAGUAACCUUAAAGCCCCUGCUUUAUCCACAUUCUUGUGUGGCUGUAUCUGGCCCUCGUUGUCACUUUGUUGAGGUCCAUCAGCAUCUUACGUCUGUUCUAGGCGGCCUGACAUUUGAUCAUUUGGUUUUUAAUGGACCAGGGGCUCAGCGUUUCUUCGAAGCGGAUGGUAAAGAGCGCAAGGAGCAGAUUGAGAGUUCCUGCAAAGUUCUUAUCAGAGAGAAGCACGGUUCACGCAGUCAUACACUCCAGCAGUCUGCCUUCUUUCUCGUGGGCCUUCUUAGAAAAAAUGUGGAUGAUGCAACGACACAGAUGAAGAAUCUAUACCAGAAUAACAGUUCCACAAAAACCUUCACAAAGGAGGACCUGGCAGAUCUGACCCAGGACGAUAUGAAGGAGGUGAAGCUGCUUGCAGAGAUUGAAGGCCUGUAUUUGCAGGAGGGCCAGCCCAGUCCGGGAGGUUUGAUGGUGAGCGGGCUAAAGGCUGGUGUCAACCAGGUGGCACUGAAGCUCCAAACCACAAUUCCCCUUAGGAGGCUAUUGAGAAUUAAAGAGGAGGACGGUUUGUACCCUCGUGUGUCCUGGUGUAUCCUGGGACUUAAUGGCUGCUGGGAAAGGCUUCCUAAAACAGCCAAUUACAGACUGGAAAAGUGUGAUGCCACAAAAGGCAUAGUGGACACACAAGGAGUCGCAUGGAGUGUAAAUCUGCAGAGGAUGGAGGCCACUGAACACAUAGUUGGAGGGACGGCAAAGUUGAAGCGACUUGAAAAUCUGCAAGAUUUCACUCUUCCUCUCUACUGGGACAGUAUGGGUGAGAAUGAGUAUUUUCAAGAGUUUCUACUGGAACCUUCUUCUGCAGAGUAUCACACAGUGCAGAAGGCCUUCAACAAAACUGCCCAGAAGAUGGUUGUAAAGAUUGUGCGCUUGCAGAAUAUCCACCUGCGUCGCGUCUAUGAAAUGCAGAAAAAGAACAUUUCUGAAAAGAACCAACAGGAUGGAGCAGGUGAAAAGCUGCUGUACCACGGUACUAGCCAGGAAACCUGCACUGCCAUCAAAACUAAAGGAUUCAACAGGAGCUUUUCUGGGAAAAUGCAUUUGGUCAUGGGACCUACUUUGCUGUAAAUGCCAGUUAUAAUGCCAAUGCCACCUACUCAAGACCGGCAGCUGAUGGUACUCAAGCUGUGUUUGUGGCCUGAGUCCUGACAGGCAUGUACACUGUGGGCCACAGUGCCAUGAGGGUACCGCCGCCUCGUAGCAGCCAACAACCCCAUGACUGCUAUGACAGCGUGGUGGACAGAAUUGACAAUCCCAGCACGUUUGUUGUGUUCCACGAUAACCAAGCCUAUCCAGACUACCUCAUCACCUUUAGUUAAAAAAAUCCUAGUUGGAUUCUUUCAUACUGUUAGGAGACCAGACGGCUGCAGCUUUUAACAACUUUUUGAGUUUAGUACAAAUGUUUCGUAUUCAUACCAGUUGUCUUCUUCACCAACUUUUCUUGAAGCAGUCUUCAAAAACUUGCAAAAACCUACUCAAAUGUGUCAAACUCUUUCUAUCCAUGUAAUAAAGGUAGACCUCUCUUUUGUUUAUAACUCAGCUUUAUCACUAACCAUGGAUUUGAUAAAACUGGUCAUUCAAUCCAAUCGAUAAGAUUUUUUCAACAAUGAGGACAGAGCAGGGGGCUCCCACAUGUCGACAGGGGACGCACUCGGUGGGAUAUAUUUUGGAUUCCUGGAAGGAGUGGAAGAUCAUAUGCCUCUCCCAGCUGUCCAUUGAGGACAUCGAAGAUGUGUGGAUAUUUGGUCUGUUGAUCACUGGAUUUCUCCUGAUUGGAGUGGGAGGAUAUUUGAUUGGAGGGCGACCCGCACCCACGGAAAGCACCGUCUGUGUGGAGACUUCUCAGACUGGGUCGUUACUCGAAGUGAAUCGUAAGCUGGACAAUGUUCUAGCUGUGAUACCGGUAUUAGUGCACAAAAUGGAUGUCAUCUCGGAGAGAGUCACCGGACGGUAUGGCGAAGUUUAAAACCCAAAAUUGGCUUCACUGAAGGACUGGAAAUGAUCAGUUUAAAGACUGAAGGCAGAGAGGAAAAUUAUCUCAGCCUGACCCAAACAAAUUCUUGUUAUCUGAAUCUGACGCCCUGGUAGCCUUGAGCUGCAAACAACUAAAACCCCCACGAAGGAAUGCAGACAGAUGCUGUGAAAACCCGACCUCCCCCCCCCCCCCCCCCUCCUCCUUUGGAUUGGUGGACUUCAGCCUGGCGAGGUCAUCAGCUGGAGGAGUCAAUGUGCUCUUCGCUUCUCCCAAGAUCUCCCUCCCACCUGUGACUGUACAGUAGAUGAGCGCCUUAGAUGGCUGCUCUCGCUGGGGGAAACAGGAUCCCAG